AUGCGCAGCCACGCAAAAAACGUGUUGAUGUUCUACCGCGUGGCUGCGGACGGGCAGGGUGGUGGUUCCACCUGCUCAAACCCCGAGCAGAGCAUGAAGCUGGCUGCCACAGCCCCCCGCAUCCCGCCCACGCGGCUGGCCCUGCACCACUUCGACGUGAACUACAGCCUGCAGCUGAAGGACCUGUGGCCCUCUGUCCGCGCCGGCCUGCUCUGCGAGCAGAAGUACGGCGCUCUCCUCAACAACUUCUCUCCUGUCGACCACGUCACCCAAGAGCUGGAGCUGCUGAAUGCCACCGAUUUUGUUUCCGAAGCCCCCAAAAAGGCGCAGCAAUCGCAGCGGGCUGCGGCUGUGGAGGAAGCGGGGAGAGGGGAAAGCAGGUCCCAGGAAGGGUCUGGCGAGGGCAGGACAGUGAUGCAGGCAGAAACGAUGACGCAGGCAGAGAUGUCACUACCGCUUCAUGCCUCCAUCAGCUCCAACAUCAAGUGUUACACCUUCCCCAGGGGUGACAUCACGCGCUUUCGCCCUGCACGGCCGGAUGUUCUGGGGCUCCUCGACUAUUAUCUCAUGGAUGCAGCAUCUCUCCUGCCCGUCCUGGCGCUCAACGUGCAGCCGGAUGACUUUGUCCUCGACCUCUGUGCGGCUCCGGGUGGCAAGACUCUGGCUCUGCUGCAGACUGGGGUUUGUGGGCAUCUGGCAGCCAAUGACGUCUCUGUUUCCCGGACGAAGAGGCUGUACCAGAUUCUCCAUAGCUAUGUUCCCAAAGAAAUUAGGGAAAGUGUGAGUGUCACGUCCUACGAUGGAAGGGACUGGGGGCAGCUGCAAGGUGGCACUUUCCAUAAGGUCCUGGUGGAUGUUCCCUGCACGACGGACAGGCACUCUGUCAUGGAGGAGGACAACAACAUCUUCCACAAGAGACGAACCAAGGAGCGUCAGAUGUUGCCCAUGCUGCAGCUGCAGCUGCUGAUGGCUGGGGUCCUCGCUACCAAGCCGGGAGGAGAGGUGGUGUAUUCUACGUGCUCCCUCUCCCCACUGCAGAAUGAGUAUGUGAUCGAGAGAGCAACAGAAAUUGCAGAAACCCAGUUUAACAUCAGGAUCCACGUUGAGGACUUGAGCCACUUUCGGACACUGUUCCAGGACACAUUUUCCUUCUUCUCAGAUUGCCGGCUGGGGGAGCUUGUUCUGCCUCACCUCACAGCCAACUUUGGACCUAUGUAUUUCUGCAAAUUACGUCGGAUAUAGAAGGGGUGAGAGAC